AAAUAUAAUGCCGACUAUGAUUUGUCGGCGAAGGAGGGAGCAGACAGCCUGGCCUUCAUCUCUCUGCUGGAGGAGAAACUCAAACCUGCCCUGAUCUACACCUUCUGGGUGGAGCCGAAGAACUACGUGGACGUGACUCGCCGCUGGUACGCGGAGCACCUUCCGUUCCCGCUGAACUUCUUCCUGCCCGGGCGCAUGCAGCGGCGCCGGCUGGAGACGCUGCAGCUGCUGCGAGGAGACCAGAGCCUGGAGGCCGGGGACGAGCUGGAGAAGGAGUUGUACCGGGACGCUGCUGAGUGUAUGAACCUGCUGUCCCAACGCCUCGGCUCACAGAAGUUCUUCUUCGGAGACUCGCCUUCCUCUCUAGACGCCUACGUCUUCGGUCACUUGGCUCCCGUCCUGAAGUCCAAACUGCCCAACGGGAAACUUCAGCAGCAUCUCAAGUCUCUGGACAACCUGAGCAACUUCUGCAGCAACGUGCUGCUGCUCUACUUCCCCCGAGACGGCCGAGAGAGCGGCGCCGGUCCGAAGGCGUCCUCGGCGCCGGCGCCCGACGCCGGAGACUUCGACCACGUGCCCAACAAGCGCCGGAGCGCUGCUGUCCGCGCUGGCGGCGCUGGGCGCCAUGCUGGGCCCCUGCUGACCGGCAUCGUGUCCGUCCAGCACGUCCAGCGGGACGCCCUGGAGGCGCCGCCGCCGCUGCUGGACCGCCAGACCCUCGGUAACCAUGACGACGACGACGAGGACGGGGACGGCUGACCGGACGCGGCGUCCAAAACCCCAAACAGAUGCAUCAUGGGACUUUAUGGGUGGAAGGAAAGAUGUUUAAGGAAAUAAUGAGUUCUGUGGUACAGAGCCAGGAGAUAUUAGAGUUUACUGUUGGUGCUUUCACACUGUUAAUAUUAAUUAAUAUUAAUAUUCAUUAAUAUUAAUAUUUAUUAAUAUUAAUACAUCCAGAUUUAAUACAUAAUCACCAAUAAUAUGAUAUAAUCACUAACUGGCAACUUGGUGACAAAAGGCUACUGACAUAACAGCUGGUAAGUUCAGAAAAUUACACACAGAGACACACACAGACAGAGAGACACACACACAGACAAGACAGAGACACACACACAGA